UGAAACCUCAAACCUCACUAAAGCUUACAACACUAGCAUCAUUUAGACUUGCAAUACUCCCUGAGAUUUUUUCUGUUCUCGUUGAACUCAUCUUAAGAUUUACGAUACUAAUGGAUAAGAUUAGAGAGUUGGCAUCAAAGAGGGCAGCAGUAAUAUUCACAAAGAGCUCAUGCUGCAUGUGUCAUAGCAUAAAAGCACUAUUCUAUGAAAUUGGAGCAAGCCCAGCAGUUCAUGAAUUGGACCAAGAUUCAAGAGGAAUUGAAAUGGCACUGGCUUUGAGAAGCUUAGGUUGUAAUCCAUGUGUUCCUGCUAUCUUCAUUGGUGGACAGUUUGUUGGUUCAGCUAAGGAUGUUAUUUCCCUUCAUGUUGAUGGUUCUCUCAAGGAAAUGCUAAUCAAUGCCAAAGCUAUAUGGCUUUAACUAAUUGUAUCGGGAAAAAAAAAUAGCUCUAGGCUCUUAAUUAGCCUACCAACUGUGUUUUAUUUUUCUUUUUCUCUUUUUUCUUUCUUGUCUUGUUUCCUCAAAAGGGGGUACUGGGCUGGGGACUGUAAAGAAAUUAAAGCCAUACUUUUUGUGAAAAUGGCUGAUAAUGGAAACUUAAGUUUCUCAGAAGUUCAAAAUUUUCUAUCUAUGGUGUUUCUAUUC